AAAAUACAGGCAGCAGAAGCAGUAAUGAAUGGAGCCUUUCCGACAGACUGCUGUUUAUUUGAAUUAUCAGCUUUUAAUCAGCACGAGCGAGCGACCGUUACAACCGUUGGGAUUUUUCUGUUUGAAAGCCGCGCGAGGGUGUGAUACACGUGUACUUUGCCGUGCUGGAGUCUAGAUGAAUGACUGAUUGUAUGUCAUUACUGCCUGCGUGGACAGGAUAUGCUGCAUACAGUCCACGCAAUCUGUCCAUGAUUAAUGUACAGUUAUAUACACUUAACUGCUCUUGCUUUUACAAGAUGGGUGUUACCAAGAAGGCCACUGUGGUCUUCGUUUGACCUUCUCUGGCCAGUGUUGGGACUUGUGUCGUCUAGGGCUGUUAGAUUCCAGAAAUUUGGGAAUCGACUCCGAUUCCUGUUUUUGUCGAUUCCAGACUCAUUUUUUUCGAUUCCGAAAAGAAAAAACGGAAGGAAGUGUCCUCCGUCCUACUUCAUUCACAGUCUAGUGGUUUAAACUGCUUCUGUCCAGCCUGUUCGGUGGUGGUGUUGGCCAGACAGCGGGCCGUGCCAUGCCACAGGCGUGAAAGCUUGUCCCCCGGCAGACUCAGGCGAGGUGGUGGGCACCCAGUGGGUGUCUGGCUGCAGGAGGUUAUGAAGCUAAAGCAGCGUGUGGUGGUUCUGUGUGCUGUGCUUUUUCUCCUCGGCCUGGCCAAAGUCUUCAUGCUGGAUGGAGGGGAGGGCUCAGCCACCAGCCGUCGCGACCUCCGUGCCUUCCGCAAGAUGGAGGCCAGCCUGUCUCUUGCUAAAGGAGAUCGCCUCACAAACACCCUGCAGUCGCCCUGGGAAGUGGCUGCCCAGUGGGUUGGGCCACGGGAGGUGUACCCAGAUGAAACACCUGAGCUAGCCGCCGUGCUGAAUGCCCUUGCCACUGCUCGUGUGGAAAGAGCAGAUGUGGGCUAUAAAGGCACCCAACUGAAAGCCCUGCUGGUGCUCGACGGAGGACAGAAAGUGGUGUUCAAACCCAAGAGGUACAACAGAGAUGAUGUGGUCGAGGGAGAGCCAUAUGCAGGCUACGAUCGACAUAAUGCAGAAAUCGCUGCUUUUCACUUGGACAGGAUCCUGGGUUUUAGGAGAGCGCCUCUGGUGGUGGGGAGGUUUAUUAAUCUACUUACAGAGAUAAAGCCAGCAGCCACAGACCAACUCCUAAGCACUUUUCUGAUGCACGGAAAUAAUUCAUGCUUCUAUGGGAAGUGUUAUUACUGUCGUGAGACUGAGCCUGCGUGUGCAGAGGCAGAUGUGAUGGAGGGAUCGGUUACCCUGUGGCUCCCUGACGUCUGGCCACUACAGAAACACAGACACCCCUGGGGACGGACAUACCGAGAGGGCAAACUCGCCAGGUGGGAGUAUGAUGAGAGCUACUGCGAGGCUGUCCAGAAAAUGCCUCCAUAUGAUGCCGGUCCACGGCUCCUGGAUGUCAUUGACACUGCCAUCUUUGAUUACCUUAUCGGCAAUGCUGAUCGCCAUCACUACGAGAGUUUUCAGGACGACGGCGGAGCCAGCAUGCUCAUCCUUCUGGACAAUGCUAAAAGUUUUGGCAACCCUGCUCUGGAUGAGAGGAGUAUUCUCGCACCUCUUUAUCAGUGCUGCAUGGUCCGUGUCUCCACCUGGAACAGGCUAAACCUGCUGAAAGGGGGUGUUCUGAGUUCAGCAAUGCAACAGGCCACAGCCCACGACCCCGCUUUUCCAGUGCUGACGGAGCCACAUCUCGCCGCACUUGACCGACGUCUCAGCGGAGUGCUCGCCACCGUGCGACAGUGCAUGGAGACACAGGGUGCAGACAACACACUGAUCGAGGACCGCAUGAACCUGCCUCAUCCUUAAAGACAUUGGAGAUCAGAGCAGAAAAACAAGGUGAAAAUGUGUUUGUGGAGCUAAACAUUGACUCUUGACGCACAGGCUCCUUUCACGUUCUCUUCAUGCUGUGGAGCUGGCGACCUGAAGGUCACCAGAAGAUUUAGGGGAUGACCUGGAGGAGAAUGUGGAGCUGUUUGUUUUUCACUGGAUUAGUUCAGUUCAGACCACAGAGGCAAAAAUGUGCUUUUCAUCCUGACCUUAGUACGCUUUCUACACUUCUCUUUUUCUUGGUCUCUGGAUAGAGUGGGGAAGCCUUGACCAACAUUUCCUAUUUUUGUUUACUUUUGGCCAUCCAGGGGCAUUUUUGGUUGGACCGGAGGGAAGUCUUUCAGUAGGUCUGUUUUUGUUACUAAAACAGAACAGAAAUUUGAUAUUUGGCCUGAAGAUGGAUUUUCCAAUGGUCCGUCACUCUGGCACAUCAAAAGAGGGAACGCAAGACUGUUAACAGACUUUUUGAAGUUCUUUCCACCUAGACUGUACAUACAGAACAAGUUUUUAAACAAUACUAAGUAAUAAUAUUAUUGAUCUAAAGAUAAAAUGAGAGUUAUGAUAGAUUCCUUGUGUUCUGUAUGCAGUAAGAAUACAGUAAUGUACAGAGCUGGAAGGUUAUUGCUACUGAUGUUCAGAGAAGAUUGUGAAGACAACACAGCAUUGUAUGGCUGCUGUGAGGGAAAUUUUCAACAUUAAAAAUUAAUAUUUAAAACUUACAAAAAUAUAUAUAUUUUUUUUCCUUACGUGUAUGAGCCCUUUGCUCACAGUUAGUUCAAUUAUUGGUAUUCAACCAACACGUUUUUUUAUCUAAAGAAAAUGGCAGUACACAAACUACAGGGACAGACUUCCUCCAGCAACCUGUGGUUUAGUGUCUUGCUCAGAGGCACAAUGGACACUCCAAAUCCCGUAGAUUCUACAGUUCAUGAACCACCAUGCAUUAUAAACAUGCAGCCUUUGGAUUAGUAGUCCAAGUGCCGGUUGGAGUAAACCCCUUAAAGGAAUAUUUCACCCCAAAAUUAUAAUCCUCCCAUCAAUCCUCACGCCAUUUCAAACACAUGACUUUCUUUUUUUCUUCUGCAGAACACAAAUGAAGAUAUUUUGUUGGAGAUAUGAUGUGAAUAUAUCCAUGCAAUGCAAAUCAAUGCGGUCCAAAUCUUUCGAGCUCCAAAAACAGGGUCUCAAAUGUUUUGUGAUCGGAUCACAAACACCACAUACAAAAGGUGGUCAAAAACACGUGACCACUUUGCUUUUGAGGCGUAAUCUCUAAUCCAUCCUGUACAGCAUGCGUCCCAUACAGCAGCGAAGCGCCUCCCCUCCCCUGUCAAUCAAGAGUUUAAACUUUGCCGGUUGUGAGCGGCUUUAAAAGAAAACAACGGUCCGAUCUGGAAAUUUGAAAAAGCUUACACAUACACAAGCAUGAGAACUUCACUAAUCUUAUUCAGUGUGCCUGAUAUCAACAUUCAUGUACACAGAUGACAAGUAUACACCUUGAGCUCAGGGUAUUACAGGUACUCCACUAAAAUAAUGCAUAAUUCUGCUCUAAAUGUUGCUUCAUCUUCAACAACAUUUGUUCAAUGUUCAACAUGUUCAACUUCAUCUGGGAGUAACAGAGCACCCUUUUUUCACACUUUCUUUGUCUUUUCAGUCUUUGUUGCGCUUUAAUAGCAUGCAGUAGCACAUUGACCUAGUGAUGUAUGUCAUCAUGAAAUCAAGAGUCCCUCCCCUCAAAAUCCAAACACAAGUGGUCACAGGAGAUGCAUUUAGGCGACCUGGUUUAAACAGCGAUAUGUCUCACCUGUCCACAUGUGAUUGGAUCACCCGAGGUGCAUCUUAAUACCAGGUGUAAACGGGGAAAAAGACACAUUGUUAUUGGAUCACUGAAGCCAAAUUCAGAGAUAGUCAGGGACGGAUUCUGACUAUAUUCAAAUGUUUAAAUGCAAAUGUAUUUUCGUUUUCCCGAUACAACUACGUAAGCAACUAGUUAAGUGAUGAGGUUUCUCUACAGUCAUACGUUUUUAAAGCGCUGCGUUUCCGGUAUUUGACUUUUUCUUUUUAUUCUGCCAUCGCAAUGUGAAGAACACAACAAAAACUGCCGUCUUGUGAUCUUGUCACCUGAUUUAAUGAACAGUACUCCAUGAAUUAUUCCACUGAAAAACACUUGGAAUAUCUCGUUUCUCUCCUCAAACGAUUACUGCUGUCUCUGAUGUAAUAGGUAAGUAAUGUUUUCCAUAUUGGGCCGGUAAGUGUAAUCGGAUCUCUAUCCGAUCACUGUAGAGACACAUUUGACAGCAAGGUGUAAAUGCGAUCCAGCUAAAGAAUAUACAGAUACUACCCCGAUACGAAACACAUGUUAAUGCCCCUUGUAAGGUGUAAAGGUGGGCAAAAAGGUAUUUGGACUCUUUCUGGUUGUCAAAUAUGGAACAUGUCUAUGGGUAGUAUGAUGAAGUACACCUGUGUAAACUUGAGGGGAAUUGACUCAAACAUCUACAAAAAAA